GGCGUCGCACUGGUCGCUGUCGUGUAUACGCGCGCGGCCGUCGUCGUACCACUCGUUUCCCCGCUGGUAUACGUUCUCGCAGGCGCGCGUCUCCGUGGCAUCUCCGUCGCCGAAAGCCGGCAUCGGCGCCUCUCUCGUGGUCCGGUCCGCCCCGGUCCGGUCCGGCCCGUUGCAUCCAUCCGUCCGUCCGUCCGGUCGUUCGUUCGUUCGUUCGUUCGUUCGUUCGUGCGUUCGUUCGCACAUACGCACGUCGCGCGGAAUCGCGGUCACCGGGUCGAAUUUCGAGAAACGGGUCUCCGUCGUACGUCGCGCGUGCUCACGCACGCACGUAUAUGAGUAUACAAAUCUCGGCAUCGAGAUGCGUAGGAAGACGGCAGUGCCGACAGCAGCAGGAUCGUCGAUCGCGCCGCGCGUCUCCGUCUCGUGAGGUGCUCGGAGUCGGAAGCUGCCCUUGGACCCGGAACCGGCGAAAAUGAGGUGUCCGGUAAAUAAGGGCGUGCAGUAACGAAGAUGACAAGAGGCUGCUUGAAAACCGCGAAACGCGAUCUAUCGUGCCGUGACUGAAGGUGAUUCCGCAAAGGAGUUAAACGGCGACGAUCCGUUUAAUCGGUGAGCAUCGAUCAUAGCGAAAUUGAUCGAUCAUCGUGACGUCGAGAGACUAAGAAUCGCGCGCGGAAGAAAAAACUCUCGUUCGACGGGGAUCAUGGUGUGACUCGUGCGGUCGAUAGAAAAAUCCCUUCGGGAAGAUCGGCGAGGUUGCCCGGGGGUUGUGUGAUUCCGGUAGUGAUCGGUUGUAGUGCUAGUGCUGGUGCUUGAAACGGAGCUGCGAAUCGGAGGCCCUGUUGGCGCUUAUUCGGCCUCGUCUUCGUCGGUUUACUCAUGCUGGGAAUGCUGAAGCGGCGUUGGAAGCCAUCAAAAAGGGCUUCCAGCGGCCGCGGACCCGAUUCGCCCCUCAGCUCGGAUCUGGCGCUUGACAAACCUCGCCCCAUACCAUCCCCCAGGCAAAUCCACCCUCUAUACGGGGAGAAAGCCGGCCUUUUGGGCUACUGCGACACGGUCGGUAACACGGAGAAUUUUCCACCAGCCCCCAACAUCGUUGUCGAGGGUGGCAGAAUCGAAUUCGUGCGCCCCUCGCAAGAUGGCACGACGACACCCCGAAGAAACACAAUGUCCAGAGCUUCGCAGACCUUCAACGAACAGCAGGAGAAAUCCGAUCCCGCCAAGGAGACCCUGGAGGAACGAGUGCAAGAGCUGGAGCAAGCGUUGUUGGCGGAACGCAUCGCGGCUCAACGAGAUCGAGCGACUAUCACAAAAUUACAGCGGCAGAUCAACAAGAGGGAGGCCACGCAACGAGAUGUGGAACGAGAACGCCGGCAGCGAAUGGAGGCCGAAGCUCGGGUACGCGAGGCUACGGCUGAGGCUGAAAGAGCGCGCUCGAGAGUCCAUCAUCUUCAGAGAGAGCUGGCCAGGAUGGAGGAGUCGUCGCGGAGUCUGCUACAACAGAAGCACCGGGCCGAACAGCUGAAGCAGGAGAAAACGGCGCUAACACUAUCCUACGAAGCGCGCGUGCAUCAGUACCAAACGCAGAUAUCGAAGCUGCAGCUGGAGAACGAGUCGAUGCGUGGUCAGCUGCGCGGUCUGGAGGCAGCGUGCGCCGGUGAAGUGCACGCCGCGCUGGUCGCACGCUUGGCGACCCUCGAGACGGAGCACGCGGCCCUGGCGCGGGACGCCGAUGCCCAGCGUCGGCAGUACGAGCGGUGCCUGGACGACGUCGCCAACCAGGUGGUCCGCGCUCUCCUAUCGCAAAAGGGUCUCAGGGAAGAAAUAGGCGCUUUGCAGAGACGUAUACGAGAGCUUGAAGCUCAAAAUCGAGCAUUAUCGGGACUCUUGGCGCAGGCUGCCAGUCCUGGAAGCCCUACCGAAUUUAUCCAAGGAAUCCUCGAGGCUGGUCCAGCCGCCCUGGUCGCCGCCUUGGGCCUGGACCCCUCCUGGGUCCCUCUCUCGAGGCCGCGUUCCCUCAACUUGCAGAUACCCGUGAUGGCAGCCACUAAGUGCCGACGCAACCGACCUCUUGCGCAAAAACCAUCGGAGGAGGAGGGCAGCGAGAGCCCGGAGAGCGGUAAUCGCGACGAGGGCUACUCGACCAUGUCGAGCGACGUCCAGGGUGAGGGCACGCGUCAAGAGCCAUCUGCGCGCGGUCUCGAGGAUCUGAAGGAGGCGACUGACGAGACCGAGGCCGACGUGUCGCCGGACGCGCGUCUCGUCGCCCUCGACACCGGCGAUCCGGACGUUCUCUUCCUACCUCUGAAUCUCACCUUGGGCAUCAACCCCCGUCACAGUUAUCCGCCGACUAAGGAUCUGCUGCCCUAUCAGCACGUGAUGCGCAGCUUCUCCGAUAGCCACCUCUGUCUCAAGCUCACCACCACCACUAAUUUUACGCCGUAUAAGCUGCCUAGCCCCAUGGCCUCGUCCUCUCUCCUGCUGGUGGAGGAGGAAGGCUGGGACGCUGAGUACGUGCAACAAUGGCUGAGGCUCGAUGACAGUAGAAGCGCACAACAGCAUCGGGAUCUACUCGAAUUGGAGUACGACAGGACGGAGCUGGAGGAUUGGAGUUUCUCCCUGUCCACGGAGGACCUCGUACAAAAUGAAUCCGCAUUGUGGAAGGAGCAACCAGCUACUACAAAUACGCCCGCCCUGCCGGCAAUCAAGGAGCAUAAUCUCCUGGAAUUGGAGGAGGACGCGAACGAGUGUCUAUGGAAUGGCGCGAGCUAUCUCGCCGACAGAACCGGAGGAGAGCUGGUUGCGCUUUUAAUGGACGCGAGAGCAAACGGGCCUUGGCCAUACGCCUCGAGUCCCGGUGCGUCUUGGAGCAGCGAAGAAGGUGCCCUAGAGAACUCGAGCAAGCGUUCGUCGGCAGCGCUUUCCGGCUGCAGCGACGACCCUGACACUCCGUCAAUUGGCACAGACUUCACCAGGGACUUUUAUCGGCUAGUAAAGUUCGAAAGUACCAAGAGCCUGGCGAGCACAUCGUCCAGGAGCGGUAGACCUCCACCGGACAGGGAACAAGCACUUCAGAGUGUUCUGUCUUUCAUCGCCGAACAACAAAUGUACCUCGCGGAGUUACCAAACAAUCCCGUGGAACCACAGAACGUGUCUCACUCGACCGAAGAAGUGGGCCUUAGCAAAAUUGAUUCUACGGGAGAAACGAAAGUAGCGGAGGUAGAAGGAUUGUCCGCUCAGGAGAGCAGUACCGGAAACGCGAUAGAAAUAAGCAACAACGACGAGCUGCUCGAUCAGAUACAGGUACCACCGUUGGCACCCGAGGAGAGGAUCGUUAGCGCCGUAUCGUGUAACGGCGGUAUCACGUAUACGACGGUAGCUCCAUCGGAAUUGGGAGCCGUUCCCGAGGAGGACGAAGAGGUCGCGACUUCCUCUACGCCUAGUACGGUUGUCAGCCCGGCACGAGCGAUGCUCUUCGUGGAGGGUAGAGAUCGAACAUUGAGCUUCCAUGAGCGCGCCACGUCCAAAGACGUCAUAGACGAAUUGAACCGCAUGAUUCGAAAGGGCGAGGAUACUACCUCCGCUAACAUCGUUCACAACGACUCACAGUUACCGCUGGAGAAACUAGAUCUCGCUUGCUGUUGCCCGACAGGAUGGGUUCACGUUGAACGUGAUAUUGACUUCACCGACCCCAAGGCUAGAGCCAAUCUUUUAGACGUGAUGUUAGCAAGCAGCGAAAGUUCCUCGGCGACAUCGAGCAGCGGUUCGGCGGGCAGCGACUCGGGGGAUGAACCACCUGAUUACCGCCACUUGCACAGAUUACAUCGGUACCGACGGCAAAAGAAAGAUGGUAGCGCCUACGCGGUGUGCUUUGAUUGUCACAAGAAAAGCUACGUAGUUCGGCUUAGUGACGAUCAGUUUCUAUAAGCGACAUGACCAAUUGGGAGGAAUGCAUUGCCGCGCCGGGGAACCUAUUUCGUCCUGAACUGAAACCACAACCGGACUGACCAUUGGUUUAUACUAACAGAAUUAUUAACCGGCAGUGAACGCUCCCGACGUAGCGCCUUCACGCAAUUCCAUCUCUCCGUCUUAUUCACGCGUGUACUUGCGUGGCCUACUUGGCACACAUUGCCGUCCGAAAGUCUUGGGACAAGAUACAGAAAGGUACAUUGAAUAAUAAAUGAAUAUCGAUCUAUAUAAUCAAAACGUGUAUGUAUAUAAUCAAAGAGAGAUUACGCUGUGUAAUCAAACGUAGUACAAUUUCUUAAAUGCAUUAUAUCUAGUUUUAUAUACAGAUAAUCAAACGUAUAUGACUGUCUGCAAAAGCGCGACGCAAUUCAAAACAUCCAAAGACUUUUAGACAAGAGUGCAAAUCGAUGUGCAAAUUUAAUGUCUUUCCAAAAAUAUGCGUGAGCGAUUGUGCAAUAUAUGAGACUGCAAAUAUGAACAUUAUGUAUGUCAUUAAAAUAACAUAGAGCUCGUCAAGUGGAAUUGCGUCAGGGUAUGAAUUGAGAAUAGUCACUUUCUCUCUCGUAGUACUGCGAGCGAAUUGAUAAUCUCUAAUCUUUAUUGGCACGUGCAAGACCGUUUCAGCAUCUUCAUCCUCCUUCUUGACUCACUUAAUUUCAUUAUACGCCUGUCUCUGUUAAAUCAUUAAUCUCGCUAGACUAUCGAUCAUUCUUAAUUUCACGUAGGAUUGUAACCAACUUGAAUGACUUUCUUUUUUCUUGCUUCGUAGAAGAAACAUCUUUUAAUAUCAUAUACAUGUACGACUCUGAUUGAUUUAUCAGUAUUCUCGAAUGAAUCAUAAUCAUGUCAUAUAAAGUACGUCGGAUAAAUGGCGUGCAAUUGUUUGACAAAUAAUUCUGUCAAAGAGAAAUUUUUAUCAAAAUUUUGAUUCCUCAAGUACAUACUCGUAUAUCUUGAGAUUAUUGUUAAUUAUUUAUUAAAAAGUUAGCAUGUAUAAGAUACUGCAAUAAAGCCUAAAAUUAAGAUCAGAAGUUCUAAGAAUGAGCCAAAAUAUCCACAUAACUUUCGCUUGUCUAUGAUCUGUCGCAGAAAACGAAUACAAUUAAUGAAAUUGUACGCACGCACGAUUUGUCCGACGUGCAUCAUGCAUCAUCCACUCGGUCGUGCACCCGCCAAAUGCCUAAAUUUCUCAAAAAGAAACAAAGAAUGAGAGAGGUAUAACCGGUGCGGUGGAGCGAUAGUGGAAGGCGGAGAGAACGAUACGGACGGAUAGAGGAGGUGUGAGAGAAGAGAGGGAGAGAGAAAGAAAGAACGAAAAAGGAAUAGGGUGAGAGAGGGAGACGUGAAUACGAUGAAAGAGAGUGCUAAGCCGAGCUACUCUGUGUCUGCUAGAGCCGGUAUAGAGAGAAGAGAGAGAGAGAGAAAGAGCGCAAAAUCGAGUCGAUCGAGUGAAGUCUGAGAGCAGCAUCUGUUGACCCGCUGCUGUGUGCCCUUGGUUUCUUCAGCGUCGGCGGCCCAGGCGCAUCGCGUCCUCCGGCUGCCGUCCACCUGGGGCUCAUCUCGGCCGUCGAUCAUCGGCCGUGGCGACGACUUCUUCGUACGCUACGGGGACAAGGAGCGCGAGGCGGUGGCUUCAUUCGACUUCCUCGACGAGUUCGUUGCGACGGCGACAACGACGGCGGCGACGGGAUCCUCCUUCUUGCUCGGCCCGGACAGCAGCCCCCUCGACCUGGACGAUGAUACGCCAUCCACCGAUCUCAACAGCGACAUCAUGAAACUCUCGCCGCUCUAGGAGCAACGACGACGGCGGCGGAUGAAUUUUGUAAAAUGCGUAGAAAUAUUUGUCUGAACGCGAGCUCAUCCCGGCUGAUGAAAACGCAAUGUCUUGAUUCUAUUAAAUAAGCCGGGAAAUCUAAUGUUGUUUUAAUCUUUUUUUUCUAAUUAAUAAAUUGUUUUUGAUUGUUACAUUUUUUUAAUGUAGAAAUAUUUUAAAUAAAAUAAUUUUAAAUCGUCCUUUUUUUAAAUAAAAAAAAAAGAUUUUAUCUCUGUGAAUUUUUAAAUGUAUUUCAUUUAAUUUGCUCUACUUUCAUAUUGAUUUUAGUAAAUGAUUUUUAGCAGUUAAAAAAUUAAGAAGCUUUUCUUAACAAAUUAAUCUUGGUCUGUGAUUAUUUGCCUUUCAAAAAUAUGUUAGUUAGCUUCUUUUUUUAAUAUGCCGCGACUACAAUGUACUAUAACAUAAUUUUAUGUAAUAGAUGUUUCGCGAUUUGCAGUGUGCGUCCGCUGGGAAGAGUCCCGCGUGUUCAUUUACAAACGCAACAUCAUCGUCGAAUAUUCUUCCGAAUAAUCACGCCAAUUAUAGCGAAUCAAAACGGCGAACUAUUCGAACGUCUGAUUCUAUUCAUUAUGGAGUAAAAAGUAAAUAACUAUUCGCACACAACACUGUGCUAAUGGACGCGUUUCGUCAAAGGUCGAUUAUUUUGUAAUCAUGUGAGAAAUGUCACGUUAGGCCAAUAUCGCUCGACAUCCCCAUACAUGAACGAUGAGAGAACGAUUUGUACAUUACCCCACAAUGUCCUCGACGACGCAGUUCGAGUUUCGGAAUCUUACAGUUUUAACACUUUAUCAGCAAGCAAUUGGAAAACUUGAACUGUCGCGCGAACAUAGAUUUAUAGUCCGAGACAAGAGCAUGUCUCUUGUCUCUUUUUCUCUGCGAGCUUCCUCUUACUCGAGAUAUAAAUAACGCACAGUGGUACAGUCGAAAGUAAACAAAAGCGAAAGCUGAUCAACAACUAAAGUAAAUUGGCACGAGCUGGCUACAAGCUGCAUCCAGAUUUUAGCUUGGUCUUAGCUUGUUCCCAGCUAGUGCUAGCUUGUAUCAAGUUAACAGCUCAAUAUCUUUUUCAGCAUAAAGCUACAUAAAUCUUGACUUAUAUUCGCACUGUACUUCGGUGCGCUAAACGAAAAGGAUCUACUAAUGGGUAUGUGCGGAUAAAUAUUAAUCAAAGAAUUAGCGAUAAGGAUAUGUAAGCUGUAGUCAACCUGUGACACUAAAGUAGCAUAUACGACGAGCAUGGAUCGCCACGAUUGGAAGGCUCUCGUAUCGGAGGGAACGCACACUGGCGACAUAGACGUAGAUACGAUUCAUCUUGUAACCUUUUUACAAAUAUUUCGAUUAUUAUGUAUACCGUAAUUGUUAUCUACAAAGAGCAAGAUCUCUGAUAGCUUGAAAAUUAGGUAAGAGCAUUCUCUUGCAAUAUCAGAUUUAUCAAAAAAAUAUGCAUCCAAAUUGAAUUUUAAAUUAAUUAAGAAAUCACAAUUAUAUUUAACUUUUGAAGCUACAAUGUAAGCUUAUUUAGAACAUAAACUCAUUUUUAUUUAGAGUUUUUAAAAUCGAGAAUUGAAAAAUCACAAUUUCCAUCAAAUAAUUCACUCUAUCAAAGGUCUUGCGUUUGACUAAGGGAAACAUCAUUUCCAUCGAAAACGCAUUUCAAACAACAUUUUCCAUGAAAUAUCAUUGAAUCAUUGUAAUGACUUCGAAACGCAUCACGGCACGAUCACCUUCCAAAGUGAGCUUAGAAAAUGUAGAUUAAGAGGUACUCGUCGAUUUUCUAUGUCCCGCUAGAUAUUUUAUACUCCUCCGCCCCUUCCUCCCUCCUCUCCCUAGAAAAUCCCAUCGUCAAGAGUCACGAAUAUCGUUAAUUGACAAUUCGGUCCACGCGUGAUGAACUAUUUUCUUCUGUCCUUAGUGAUAAAAACGUAAACGAGCCUGUACAUUUUGCUUCCGAACUUUGUAAUAUAGCAGAUUGUGAGAGAAAGAGAGAAAGCGAGAGCGAGAGAGAUUUUUCGUGCGUAAAAGAACUAACGAUUUGUUGCGUGAACGAAGAUAGGAAGUCACUUCGGCGUAAUUUGUACGAAAUUCGUCGCUCCGGGACGAGCGAACUUUUGAGUGACGCGUUUGGUCGGAUUUAUAGGCGUAAUAUCAUUAGCGUACGUAAACUUAAGGUAACGAGUUGAUAGGGAUCGAGAUAUUUUACACGUAGCUGUAUACCCAUGAGACGAGGUUCAAUAUUCAAGAUGAAGAGGCUGCACGGACGUUAAAGUUGCCCUGCAUUUGCUCGCGUUGCUGCUGUUCUAGUCAAGCAAGUGAGACCACAAUUUUCUUUUUAUAAACUUGAGCCUGGCGUUUAUCAACCCUACACUACAUCAGCGCACUUUGUUGUACAUUAAACACAUCGAUUGAUAUUAGAAAAGUAUUCUAAACAACUUGAAAAUUUUGUUUAAGUUAUAAAAAUCCGGCUUUUUUUAAUAUAACGUUCUCUCUGAGAAAACAUUUGAGAAUAACUUUAGGAAUACUUAAAUGAUAAGCUUAAUGACAUUUUAUAUCGUCACAAUCGAGAUUUUAAUGAAUAAACUGAUUAAAUUGUAGAUGUAUUACCGUUAUUAUUUAUUAAAUAAUAAUACGGAUAAUCUAAUAACUGGGGAAAAGAUAUCAUCAUUAAUGUAAGAAGUUAUGUAAGAAGACAUUUUUUUAAUUGUUAUCGGCACGCCGUGCAGAGUUGAUAAGUGCUGCUGAUUAAUGAUAAUCUUAAAAGAUUUUAUUUCCGCUGUUAAACUAAUCUCAAUCAUAGAGAGGCCGUAAUUUAUUUGAGUAUUUAUUUUAACGCAAAUACUCCGCUGCUUUACUAAUCUCAAUCGUAAGGAGGCCGUAAUUUAUUCGAGUAUUUAUUUCGAUACAAAACUGGUUGUGGAGAGAUAAAACUCUCUUCUCGAGGAAACAACUUUCGUCCUGCAGCCUGAACACAAUAGACUAAUGACAUAGCUUUAAGAUGUUUGUAAGUUCUGCAUUGGGGACAGCGAUGCCUCCAUCUUUAUUCCUGGUCUCGUAGUAGCAGUAAAAUUAAACGAUAAUAUCGUGAAAUGAAACUUGCUGAACGACGAUGUACAUAGUAUGUAUCAUAGCUCAACGCAAAUGUAAGUUAUCCUCUCUUGAACUUAAUAAAUAACGACAAUAUAUAUGAACGUAAAAAGAAAAA